AUGUAUCGAGGAGCAGUUUUAACAGCCAUUUUUUUGUGCGUCGUAGGCCAGCAUGUAGUGCAUCCGCUUCCCGCAUUCGUUUACUUUCAAGAGCUGUUCAGUAACUAUACGCGUGAUGGCGACAGUUUAAUGCAGAUGAAGCGGGCGAACAACUCGCAGGUGGCCGGGCAGUUCAACGUGGAACUCGUGCGUCUGCUCGGUAGGGCGACUGUCGAUCUGUGGCAAAUUAGAAAUGCUUCACUAGCUACCAUCGACACGGCGAUAGGCAUUGACGAUGCCUGCCGAGAACUGGUGAACAAUCUGCGUGUCAUCUAUACGUGGUUCAGCGAGGACGAUUUGCAGUUUUGCGCCCAGGAAACCGUCGACAACUUGACGCCAUGGACAACGGAUCGGUUUUUCCGGUACGCGAAUUACGUUCAUCGGGAGUUGACACAGCUAACUUCGCAGGUGGCAGAGGUGCUCGGCACCUACAACAAAAUUAGCGAAAUGGAUCGUGUAGACGAACAGCUGCAGAAGCAUUAUGAGGACUUUAGCUAUAUCUACAAUAGCUACCAAUUUAUACUCAGUGCCGAAUUGGAACGCUUCGACGAACCACAACACCCGGUGCGAGUGCAGCUAGUCGAUUGUCUCGAUGACGUCGUGUAUUGGUACAAAAGUGACAUGACAUACGUGCUUAGUUACAUCGAUAGAAAUUGCCAGUGA